AUGCCCGUUGUCAAAGGAGGCGUCUGGACGAACAUCGAAGAUGAAGUUCUACGUGCAGCGGUUUCGAAAUACGGUUUAAACCAAUGGGCGCGAGUCUCGUCCCUCCUAGCUCGAAAGACACCGAAACAAUGCAAAGCGCGAUGGAUUGAAUGGCUGGACCCCGGUAUCCGCAAGGUUGAGUGGUCGAGAGAGGAGGAUGAAAAGCUUCUGCACCUAGCGAAAUUGAUGCCAACACAAUGGCGAACUAUUGCACCGAUCGUUGGUCGUACGGCGACACAAUGCCUAGAGCGGUAUCAGAAGCUGUUGGAUGAAGCUGAGGCUCGUGAAAACGAUGAGCUGGGUCUUGGUGGUCCAUCUGGCGCAGAGGCGGCUGCACCGAGUGCAGACGAAGUCCGACGCUUGAGACCCGGCGAACUCGACCCUGACCCCGAGUCGAAGCCCGCUCGCCCCGACACGAUUGACCUUGACGAAGAUGAGAAGGAAAUGCUGAGUGAGGCGCGUGCACGUCUGGCAAACACACAGGGAAAGAAAGCGAAGCGUAAGGCCAGAGAACGACAACUCGAGGAAUCCCGCAGACUUGCAGUGCUUCAGAAACGUCGUGAACUCAAGAAUGCCGGUAUCAAUAUCAAAGUUGUCACACGCAAGAAAGGCGAGAUGGAUUACAACGCCGAUAUUCCUUUUGAGAAACCGGCGGCGCCUGGGUUUUACGAUACCAUCGAGGAAGAUGUCAAGAAUGAGCGGCAACGAGAGAUGUUUGAUCCUCGCAAGCAGCAGCUCGCCAAUAAGCGAAAGGGAGACCAAGAUGAAGACGCGGAACGAAAGAAAAGGAAAGGCGACAAGAAUAGCAAUUCCAGCGCUUUCGCCGCGGCAGCUCGAGCUGGUCAGAUGCAGAAGAUUCGUGAGGCGGAGCAAAGCAGUAAGAGACGAGUUCUCAACCUGCCAGCUCCCCAGGUCAGCGAAGGGGAGAUGGAAGAUAUCAUUAAGAUGGGAAUGGCCGGAGAUAAAGCUACUAAAAUGUCGGGGGACGAAGAGACUACCAAGGGCUUGCUUGGAAACUACACCAGCAUCGUUGGCCAAACACCGAUCAGGACACCACGGGCCCCUCCGGAGGAAGACCACAUUGCGAACGAGAUUCGGAAUAUUAGAGCAUUGACUGAAACACAAUCAUCAUUACUUGGUGGAGAGAACACCCCUCUCCAUGAAGGAGGAUCUUCUACUGGGUUUGAUGGCAUCGCCCCUCGAAAGCAGGAAAUCUUCACACCUAAUCCCAUGGCAACUCCCUUCCGGCAGGCGAACGCCGUCGGCGCCACGCCAAUUGGGGGUAGAGCUGGCCCCGGGGCGACACCGUUACGAACUCCUAGGGAUCACUUUGCCCUUAACCAAGAUGGCGGUGGGCAGCUCAUCGGCGCCACACCGAGAGACAUCAAAAUGCACGAUAGGUCUGUGCGUACCGAUAUUCGCAGCAAACUGGCUUCUCUGCCCAAGCCAAAGGAAACAGAGUGGGAACUGGAAGAGCUUCCCUCGGAGCAGGCAGAACCAACCGGUGCGGCAGAGUUCGUGUCAGAAGAGGAUGCAGCAGAGCGUGACAGAAGGCAAAACGAGGCGCGUGAGAAGGCCGCUCAAGCUGAGCUGAAACGCCAAUCCCAGGUCUAUCAGCGGGCACUGCCACGACCAAGUGUUCUUGACAUCGAUGCGCUGAUGGAGCGGGCCUCGCACGCUACCGAUACUAUCACUGGUCUUAUUACUAGAGAAGCCGCGCUUCUUAUUGCUCACGACGCACGCAAAUUUCCUGUCCCCGGUGCUAAAAUCGAAGGAAAGGCGAAGAAGUUGCAGCGUCUUGACGACCAGUUACUCGAUUCCGCUCGCGCAGCCAUUGCAGCUGAAUUGACUUCAUCUCAAUCAGAAAAACAAGAGGAAUGGCAAGACAACUUCGAAACGUCUUGGUCAUCGUCACAUGACAACGCUCUCCCAGGCCUCUCCAACUAUGCGGAUGACGAGGAAGAUGAUGUGUUCCAGCAAGAGCAGCGCAUGAUCGGCGCAUUCGACAAUGUACAGACAUCUUUGCUUAGUACCGCAGAACUAGGCAAUAAAUUGGAAAAGAAGCUUGCCCUUCACUAUGGUGGAUAUCAAAACCGUGCAAAGACGCUUCGAACCAAGAUUAUCGAAGCCAGUGCAGCCUUGGAGAAGUCCAAGAAUGAUCUCGAUUCGUUCAAUACUCUUCAGGUCUCGGAAGAGGCAGCGCUUUUUAGGCGACUUGAGAAGCUUCGGGACGAUGUCGCGUUCGUCCUGAGAAGGGAGCGUGAAGCUCAGGAAUUGUAUAGGGCACGGAAAGACGAGCUUGAUGAGCUUAUUUUUAGAGAAGAACCACCAGUCACGAUGGGCGUUAGAGAUUCCCAUGGGGAACCGACGGGGACGCCAGAUCCCGUCGAGAAGGGGUUCGCCACGCUUAAUACCAUCAGGAUCGGUGUGAAGGCCAUGGUGCAGAAGGAUGGUGAAUUACGGAAGGCAGAGAUUUUGUCGAUUAAGCAACGCAAGGAUGGGCUGGCCUUCUACGUCCAUUAUGUCGACUUCAACAAACGUCUGGAUGAAUGGAUUGCCGCGUCGAGAAUCGACCUAGCACAUGAAGUCGAAUGGCCACAACCAGAGAAACCAGAGAAAAAGAAGACCGGCGCAGCCACCAAAGCACCAAGCAAGAAUCCGCAAAAGCGCGCCAGAACCGACAGCCGAGAUAUUUCAGCAGCUCCCGAUCUCCUCACAGGUAAGAACGUGAACAUUUCCAAGCCACAGCGACCAUCAAAGGCCGGUGGGAAGGAAAAUGUCAUGGAAGAUAUCCAACCGGAAGCAGAUGGACUCCCUAAGACAGAGCCCGAUGAUGUCGACAUGACAGACGUCGGCUUCUCUGAUACCAAGGCCGAGGAACAGAAAGCGUCUAUGUCCCGAGAACAAGAGAUUGAGAGGCUGCGUACAAGCGGUAGCAUGACACAAAACCCAACCGAGAUCCACCGCGUCCGUAACCUGAACAGACUACAAAUGGGCAAGUUCGAGAUCGAGCCAUGGUACUUCUCACCAUAUCCAGCCUCAUACUCCGACGCAGACAUGGUCUAUAUCGACGAGUUCUGUCUAAGCUACUUCGACAACCAACGCGCCUUCGAACGACACCGUGCAAAAUGCACCCUCGUCCACCCCCCAGGAAACGAAAUUUAUCGCGACGAUUACAUCUCCUUCUUCGAAGUCGACGGCCGCCGCCAACGAACCUGGUGCCGAAACCUCUGUCUCCUAAGCAAGCUAUUCCUCGACCACAAAACACUCUACUACGAUGUCGACCCCUUCUUAUUCUACUGCAUGUGCACCCGCGACGAAACUGGCUGCCGACUGGUCGGCUACUUCUCCAAGGAAAAGGACUCCGCAGAGGGCUACAACUUGGCUUGUAUCCUGACCCUCCCGCAGUACCAGCGUCGCGGUUUCGGUCGACUCCUCAUCUCAUUCAGCUACGAGCUGAGCAAGCGAGAAGGCAAACUCGGUUCUCCUGAAAAACCACUGAGUGAUCUUGGUCUAUUGGGUUACCGGCAGUAUUGGCGAGAAACGCUUGUGGAGAUUCUCACGGAAGAGGAUCGAGAGUCAAUUAGUGAGAAUGAACUUGCGCUGGUGACGUCGAUGACGGAGAAAGACGUUCACGAGACAUUGGUUGUGUUCAACAUGCUUCGGUACCAUAAAGGAAAUUGGGUCAUCGUUCUGACCGACUACGCCCUCGACGAACACAAGAAACGCAUAGAGAAAGAGAAGAUCAAGGGAUCGCGGAAGAUCGAUCCCGCUCGUCUCCAGUGGAAGCCUCCAGUUUUUACCGCGUCCAGCCGGACAUGGAACUGGUGA